GAGGCCACAAACUUUCUAAUUUCGGUCGUGCAGUCGAAGUUCUGUGCAGAUUGUAGGUCUGGAACCAGAUAUGAUCCCGUGCACGGAUAAUUAUUUAUUUUCCCUACCUUUUCCUCUCGCGAUUGUGACUUCAGGUUGAUUGUGACGUCACACUCUGACCAGUUCAAACGUGCGUGCGGAGCUCUGAAGAGGCGGGGGCAAAACACAUGAGACACGUGACUGUGGUUAGAACUGCGCGCCACAGUUCACUGCUCCUCAAGUUACCAUGGAAACCUCCAAACCCGCCCGGACCAGGAGGAGCGAGAUCCAGAAGGAGGAGCCGAACAGGAGGUGGUGAUUGACGGCGGAGGAAAGGAGGGAGGGGGAGAGAAGAGGAAGGAGGAAAGAAGGAGGAGGAGGAGAGGUGGCGGGUUGUUCUCUGAGGUGGACGUGGCGGGUCCAGUGGAGUCAGCGAGUAGCGACGGCCAGCGGAGCCCAACUAGCCAUGAAGCGAAUCACUACCAGGCUGGACCCAGUUGGGCGUGACUGGUGACAAGGACACGCCCCCUCAGUCUUGAACCCACACCCGGCACCUCUCAGUGGAUACUUGGACAAAGGAGGACAGUGACCUCAGAAGGUGAAGCAUCCUGCCUCACCAUGACAGACUUGGAGGCCGAGUGUUUGGGUCUGGGCCUGCCACCCGAGUGUGGGUCGCCUCCGCUGCCCCUGGACUCGGCCCUCCAGGUGCACUGCGCCACGGGCUCUGCCGCCAUGGCGCUUCUUUCCUCGGACUGCUCCACCCCGACGCUGAGCUCGCUAGCUGCUGAGGUGGCGGAGCCUCUUGUGAUGCUGCCCUGUGUGAAGAGCGAGCCGGAGGACCCGGACCUGGAGCCCAUUCACACUGUGGACCUGUCCGAGAUCCAGCCGCUGUCCACGGCCGAGUUAGGCCACGAUCAGAUCAAAAUGGAGAUCAGCGGGCUGGACUACAUAAAGUCCGAGCAUCACGGCCACGAUGACGACCAGCUGGAAACCUUCCAGCACUGCCACGAGCUGGACUACAAGAACCAUUACCAGCCCGGCUCAGUGUUCGACUACAUCACCCAGGUCACUGACACACUCGAGUACAUCAAGUCGGACCACCACGUGGACCUGCAGUGUUACUACACCACGGACCUCACUGUGCUCAAGUCAGAGUUCCCAGAACCCAGCCCUCUGUCGGGCCUGCACCACAACGGCCUGGAGUCCAUCCACAUGGCCGAACUCCGGACGGAACUGAACAAGCUUCGGCCCGACUCGCUGCUGGUGGACGGGCUGGGGAAAGGCGACCCUGAGUUCGGAGGAGGGACUCUGUAUGAGCUGCAGCCGGCCCAGCAGGGCAAGGUGGCCUCCGGGGGGGGCGGGCGCGGGGCGGCCAGCCUUCCUCUCACCACUAAAUCCCAGAACCCAACAGCCAGGAAACCUCGCAACAUGCAGGGGGAGAAGCCCUUCUCCUGCACACAGUGUGGCAAGAACUUCAGCACUCUGGGAAACCUGAAGACCCACCAACGCAUCCACACCGGCGAGCGGCCGUACUCCUGCUCACAGUGCGGCAAGAGCUUCGGCCAGGCCGGCAACCUCAAGCGCCACCAGCUCAUCCACACUGGCCAGAAGCCCUACGUUUGCGCGCACUGCCCCAAAGGUUUCACCAAGGCGGAUGACCUGCGCUCACACCAGCGCCUGCACACAGGCGAGCGGCCCUUCAUUUGCGGCACCUGCGGGAAGAGCUUCGGCCAGUCCAAAGAGCUGAAGGCCCACCAGCUGAGCCACACGGGUGAGCGGCCGUACUGCUGCCAGCACUGCGGCAAGAGUUUCACCAAGGAGACAAGCUACCGGAACCAUGUGCAGAUCCACACGGGCGAGAAGCCCUUCACCUGCUCCCAGUGCGGCAAGACUUUCAGCAACUCUGGAGUUCUUAAAACCCACGAGAAGAUCCACUCGGGCGAGAGACCUUUCGGCUGCACUCAGUGCGGCAAGAGCUUCGGUCGUCUCGGGCACCUGAAGGCUCACCAACAGAUCCACACCGGUGAGCGACCGUACGCUUGCCCGCAAUGCGGCAAGACUUUCAGCCAGUCGGGUCACCUCAAAGCACACGAGCAGAUCCACAAGCGAGAGCAAGGGAACACGGCCAGCACCAGCAGCACGCCAGUCAGCGACUCCAGCAUGUCGGGGGGCUGCACGCCGUCCAGUGACGUGGGAACGACGGGCAGCGACAGCAGCUGAGAGUCUAGAACCUUUAACCUCCUGCGUAACAAAAGUAUUAUUCCUUUUUAUAAAUAUACAUAUAUAUAUAUAUAUAUAUAUAUAUAUGAGCUUUCUUACCUUUUCGUAUUUUUCUCACCUUUUUGUAAAUGUGAGUGCGUGUCAGUGAGUGCGUGUCCAAGUCUGUUAACAUUGGAUGUGUGGUUGGUUCUGAUCUGGAGCACUUACCCCUCCAUUCUGAUAAGAACUGCAGAGUCAAAGAUGUUUCCAUGGAAACUUCCUUGUUGCUGUGUGCCGUUGCCGUUCUUUGAGGUCUGCGGAAGAUGUGGGGUUUUCACGGACAGAAGCAAGUGACUGGAGUCUUUCCCGGGGUGCACAGAGUCCACCUGUGCAGAGACGGAGCGAGCAGGUUUUAAUGUACGAUUGAAACAAUAAGCCUUCGUUUGGGAAUCCUCAGUCGGAAUGUUUCUAUGAUGCUGUGGACGAUGAAGUAAGCAGAAUGUUUUGUUGCUAAUGUGAGCGAUUUACCAGGGUCGCAGACCUCCUCCUGCUGACUCAGCAGCAGCGCCGCCGGAGCAUGGUGCCACUUGCUUUGCUCUGUUCUCAAUGUUAAUGUCCGUGUCGGACAUGUUCUUCUCUGCGAUGCUGACAAACAUUCACACUCCUGUCGGCAUUAGCUCGCGGCAAAACCCAGACACUCAAAGGUCCCUGGUUGUAGAGGGAACCCAAACACCGGACGCUGAACUCUCAACACGGGGUUUUCAGGAUGUAAGGAGCCUCAUAUCUGCAGUUAGCAUGCUAACCGCUUUUAACUUCUGUAUUGUCUGAAACAUUCCUUCAUUUUUUUAGUCACCACAUGGACUUUCUGUGCUUGAGAGAUUCCUGGUUUUGUAUGCCAACAUGCCACAGCCGUGAUCCGUCUGUGACCAAACUUCCUGAUCUCUUUCCUGGUGUGAUCUUGAACCAGAAGUCUCUAGUUUAAGAAAGAGCAGGCCGCCGUUUACUUCAGUCAUUCCAGCGCUGCUUGUGCAGUCCAGUCGAGCCAAAGGCACCUGUCCAGGUGACCCGCCAUGUGCCAUUGUGUCCUCAUACAGUCUUUUUAGAAAAAAAAAUGUCAAAAAAAGAUUUCUUGUAACAACAAACUUUUAUUAAAGAAACUGAAAACUGAGUUGUAUUUGCAUGCUUCUUCAAUUGAGGUCACCUGACCAUCCACCAGGUGCAGGUGUAUCCAGCAGGCGGCGGUGCUUGAAAAGCACAAGCUCCAGCCAGGUCUUGGCCACCAGCAGGACCUCCAAGCCAAGAUGAAGACCACUGAGCUGCCUCAGGACUCCGUUCACCGGGAAGACCAUAUGGCACGGGGUGCGCAUGCGC